CGAACACCCAGAUUGCCUGCCCCGCCAGCCGAAGCCGGACCUACUUCUCUUCCUCUCUAAUUCUCCGCCACUAGCACCACCCUUCGUUCGCCAAUUGCCAAUCGAAGCGCAGCAAUUGUUUUUUUAUUGAUAACACACCCCGCGUUUAGCAAAUAUGGUGUCCAUCGUUCUUGGAAGUCAAUGGGGAGAUGAAGGAAAGGGAAAGAUCACAGACAUGCUGUCGCAGCAGGCAACAUUGUGCUGUCGUGCAGCCGGUGGUCAUAACGCCGGUCACACUAUCGUUCACGAGAACGUAACCUACGACUUCCACAUCUUGCCCUCUGGCCUCGUUUCGCCCAAAUGUAUUAACCUCAUCGGCGCCGGGACUGUUUUCCACGUCCCCAGCUUCUUCAAGGAGCUCAGUCACUUGGAAUCUAAGGGUCUUACUUCCGCUGGCAAGCGCAUCUUUGUCUCCGACCGUGCGCACGUCUGCUUCGAUCUGCACUCCGUCGUUGACGGUCUCGAGGAGAAGGGUCUCGGUGGCCGCAAGGUCGGCACUACUGGUAAAGGUAUCGGUCCCUGCUACAGUGACAAGGCGGCGCGCCGCGGUGUGCGUGUUGGUGAGAUUCUCGACGAGGCAACCUUCGAGCGCAAGCUGCGCACUCUUGACACUUCCUACCGUGCACGUUUCGGCGACCUGGCUUAUGAUGUUGAGGAGGAGAUUGCGCGGUUCAAGGAAUACCGCACCAAGCUUGCGCCCUACAUCGUCGACCAACUUGAAUUCCUGCAGGAGCACAAGAACUCCCCCAACACCCUAGUCGAGGGUGCCAACGCCCUGAUGCUGGACCUUGACCACGGUACCUACCCCUUCGUUACCUCGUCCUCUACCGGCCUCGGCGGUGCCGUGCAAGCCCUGGCCCUGAACCCCCAGAGCAUCAAGAACGUUAUCGGUGUCCUGAAGGCCUACACCACCCGUGUCGGCUCGGGUCCUUUCCCCUCCGAGCAGCUCAAUGCCGACGGCGAGAAGCUGCAGUCUGUCGGCCGCGAGUUCGGCGUAACCACUGGCCGCAAGCGCCGCUGUGGUUGGUUGGAUCUUGUGCUCGCACGCUACUCGCACGCGAUCAACCACUACACCGCUCUUAACCUUACCAAGCUUGAUGUGCUGGACGACUUUGAUGAGAUCAAGGUUGGUGUUGCGUACAAGUUGCCUUGUGGUAAGCGGACGACUGGAUCGUUCCCCGCCGAUCCUAAUGUUGUGGAGAAGAUCGAGGUCGAGUAUGUUACUUUGCCCGGUUGGAAGUCCAACACUAUGGGUGUUACGAAGUAUGAGGACUUGCCGGCCAAUGCUCGUGCUUACAUUGAGUUCAUUGAGCGGGAGAUUGGCGGUGUUCCCAUUAAGUGGAUUGGAACUGGUCCUGCGCGGGAACACAUGAUUGCUCGCGAGUAA